UUAAAAAUGUAGAUGUUCCAUGAUCUCAGAAGCAAUAUGAGGACUUUCAUUUUUUCACUUUUGGUGGCCGUAACAUGGGCAAUACCAGCGAUGAAAAAUCCGAUGGUGAACGAAAGUCUCUUUGAAGGUGAUAUAAUGGGCAUAGAUCCUAAUACGGACAGAAAUGCCAUUCCAAGAGAUUCCCGACGAUGGCCCAACGGCGUAGUGCCUUACGAGGUGGAUGAAGCCCUGUAUCCUAUCUGGAAUCUUUUGAUGAGAGCAAUACGUCACAUCGAAGACAGGACUUGCAUUCGAUUCAAGCAUAAAACAGAUGAAAAGGAUUAUAUCCGAAUGGUGCAAUCUAAUGGAUGCUGGUCGUUCGUGGGCAGAUUAGGCAAUGGUGAACAGAAAUUGUCAUUAGGUCGCGGAUGCGAGAAUUUUGGAAUUGUGGUUCAUGAGAUUCUUCACGCCCUUGGUUUUUGGCAUGAACAAAAUAGGUCUGACAGAGAUGAUUACCUAAUCAUUAACUGGCAUAAUAUUGACCCAAAGUGGCAUUAUGCUUUCAAAAAGUUAGAGCCUUUUGAAAAUCGUCUCCUGACUCCUUUCGACUACGAAUCCAUUAUGCUUUAUGGUGAGAAGUCUUUUAGCAUCGACGGAAUUGGCAAGAGUAUGGAAUCCACGGACGGCAGGCACUUGCCGGAAGCCUACAACAAACCCGGGAUGGCAGCAUCAGAUGAGAAAAGACUUAAAAUGCUGUAUAACUGUCAAUGAACCAAAGCCUGUUUGGUUGAUGCUACAUAGCGCAUGUGAGCUACAAGUAGAAAAUUCUUACUGUAUCAUACUUUAAUCGGUUUUAUAGGUUGCUAAUAGAAAUAAAGACUUAAUAAUGUGAUAA